CUAGAGCGUGGUCGUAUCCUCUAUUUCACGCAAGCACUUGGUCCAGUGGUUCCUCUCUUCAUCUUCAACAUUUUAGGUCUUCUCUGUUUCUCAGGUCGAUAUCUCAACGUCGUUGAUAUUACUGAGCAGUUCAGCUUUACUUCAAAACUUUUGUUCCAUUGAAUUCAGUUUCGACCAGUAGGAUUUAUUACCAGGCCUUGAGGUAAUAAGUGACUUACCAACAUGGGAACACAACCCCAACAAACAUUUCGGGAGGAGGAGGAGGAGGAGCUGCCGGGCCGUGGAACCACGAUCUCUGGUCAAUCAAUGUCAACUAGCAGAAGUGUUGGCUCACCAUCCAGCCGCAGUGAGCAGACAAUGGCAACACCAGCUAGUGAUAACACUUUCCUUAGGUUAAACCAUCUUGAUAUACACGGUGAUGAUGCUGGAUCACAGGGCGCAGUUGCUAGCAAGAAGAAAAAGAGGGGCCAACGUGCUGUUGGAGGUGAUAAGAGUGGAAGAGGUCUCCGCCAGUUUAGUAUGAAAGUUGCCUUGAAGCAUAUGCCACCACUUUCCUGUUCUGCAUCAGCACACACCCCAGACCCUGGUGAGAAGCAUCACAAUACACAUCAAAGGACUCACCAGAAUCCGACAACACCAGCACAAGAGAAGUAAUCAACCUCUGCUUCAGCUCAUCAGAACUCUGCUCACAAGCAUCAGUCCAAAUGAAUGGUUGCUCCUUCCUUAUUAGUUGGGUUAGAGGUGCUACUAUCUUGGAGAAUCCCUCGAUGAACCUCCUAUAGUAACCCGCCAAACCCACAAAACUCCGAAUGUUAGUGACAAUUCUUGGACGCUCCCACUGCAACACUGGCUCCACCUUGGCCGGAUCAACAACAAUCCCCUCAGCUGAGAUCACAUAUUCCAAGAACUUCACCUCAUCCAACCAGAACUCACAUUUUGAAAGCUUAGCAUACAGUUGCUUCACCUUCAAAAUCUCCAACACCAACCGCAAGUGAUCUCCAUCAUCCUCCGGGGUCCUUGAAUAAAUCAAGAUGUCAUCAAUGAACACCACAACAAAUUUAUCCAAGAAGGGUCGGAAGAUCCUGUUCAUAUAAUCCAUGAACAAUGUCGGGGCGUUGGUCACACCAAACGGCAUCACAACAUACUCGUAGUGACCAUACCUAGUCUUGAAAGCAGUCUUCGGUAUGUCAUCCUCUUUCACCCUGAAAUAUUAAUUUAAGGAAAACUUAGAUGAAUUUUGUAGCAUUUUAAAAUGCAUUUUGUGGCGGUUAUAAAUCGCCACAAAGCUAUUAGUAAUGCAAUUUGUGAUAGUUUUUAACAGCCAAAAACAACUAAAAUAACCUCCAUAAAUCACAUUUUUUUUGUAAUGCAUAAUCAUAAAUUAAAAGUUUAGAAAUAAUUGUAAGUAGCGUUCUAAUUAAUUAAAACUAUAAAUUAUUUUGGAUCUAUUUAAGUAGAUUAUGGACACCUAUUACCUUUUUAAGAUAAUUCUACUUUAUAUUUUAUGUUAUAAUCAACAUAAAUAAAUCCAAGAUAAAUCUUGGAUAUAUUUAAUUAGUGUAAAAAAUGGUGAAUUAUUAUGUUCAUAAAUCACAAUAGGGGUUGUAUUGGAGUCCUAAACGUGUUAUGUUAGUAUAAAUCAUAAAAGAGUACAUUUUUCAAAACUUUUAAAGUAAAAUUAAAAUUCGAUAUUAAACCAUGAUUUUGUAGUAUAAUAUUUACGUGGAUAUUACUUCAUGAUUUUGGU